AUGGCAGCUCUAAGGACAUCUAGGAGGACUCGAGAGCGCAGAGUGGCCUCCCUCCCGUGGGUUUCUGCGUGCGCGCUAAGCUACCGCGUGCCCUUGGCGUUCAGCUUCCAUUCUCCCUUUUUAAUUCUGAGCCCCCCUCCCAUUCUUUUCCGUAUUUGGCGGUCGUGGGCGUCCUGUGCCCUUCUCGGCCCUUCGGGGCUGAGAGGCCGCUCCUCGGGGCUCCGGGCUGGCGGCGGCUGCUCGCCCUCCCAGGCGCAGUCCUCUGGGCUCCUAGCGCCACGCCGCGCCGUUCUGCCUCCGCCACGCCCUAGCUCCGGCUGCUGCCAGCCCUCCAGGCCGCGACUCGGCUCUUCGUCCCCGCUGCUCGGAGCCUGGCACUUCGCGCCCUGCGACUUCGCGGUUCCAGUCCUGGCCCUGGCGCUCUCGCCGCUCUCUCGCCGCUCUCUCUCGCUCUCUCCCCCCCCCUCCCGCUCCCUCCCGCUCCCUCUCUCUCCCCGCUCUCGUCGGUCUUUCCGCCUCCCCACCCACCCUUUCCUUCCUCUCUCGGUCUCGAUUGCCUGCUUGUUCUUUCUCGAGCCUUCAGACCCAGCAGAGCAGCCUCGCAGGAAAAUCCCAGAAACCAUUGCAAAAAGCUUGCAAUGGAAUUUAAGAAGUUCUUCGAUUUCGGCGCCAUUUUCGAGUGGAGCGAGAGGUUCAUCCUCAGGGAAAAUGACAGCCACACCCUUUGCUCCACCUACUGAUCCUGGAAAUCAAAAGGUGAAGUUACUAAAAGUACCCCUGACCAAGCCUCCUCCAUUGACUCCGAGGGGGUGCAGCAGCAAUUCAUGUUUUGAAGUGCUCAAAAGGAUUCAAAACGUGAGGCGCUGCUAUAUCCCCCCGUGGGAAGGUAGAAAGAGGGGAUCAGCUGGAAGCAACCACCCCCUCACCCCCUGCGCUCAAGGCCGGCUCGCUGGGAGUAGUUCUCUUCAGCCAGAGGAGAAAGUGCCAACGGGCUCUGGAGGCACCCAGCCCUCCCGAGGACCUUGCCUGCGCCAUCCCGCUCCCUGCAGUGGGCACCUGCAGGACCCAGGAACACUACAUCAACGCUCUUGGUGGGGAUCUGGACACAGAAGACUCCUGUUUCAAGAAAAUACAAUCAUCUUUCAAAGGCUGUAAUUUAUAUGCAUUUUUAACUCACUAGGUAUUGAAAACCACCCAAAUGUCCCACCUGGGGGGGGGAGUAAAAUAUAAUCAAUCACGCCGUGUAAUAUUAUACAUACUUUAAAAAUGUUAUUGGAAAAUGUUUUAUGAUCUGUAAGUCGAAAGAAUCCUCUUCCACCAUUUCUUUCUUCCUGCUGUUCCCCCAUACCCAUGCUUUCUUUGUUCCAUUUGGCACGUAAACUUGUUUUUCCCGCCAAAUGGCCAAAUGAGUCAGUUAUGAAGGGAGCGUCAAUUGAUUUGAGCAGAUGUGUGUCAAUGUUACUUGGAAAACUAGAUGCCAAUAACCAGGGCCACAGAAAAAGGCAGUGGUUGCAACUCUGUAAAAAAUUAUGCAUGUGUACAGACAAGGACAAAAGUGGAACCCCAAACAGGAAAACAGUUGGAAAUACUCCAGUGCUGGGAGAUUAAAUGAUUGUAUGCUGCUUUCGAUUUCCGCUAAUACGAGCAACUGUCCAAUUAAAAAAAACCUCAUAAGGAC